AUGGUGCGCGACAAGAAGCCGCCGCACAAGACCGACUCGCAGAAAUCGAGUACCAACCUGGUCGGAAAAUUCACGCAGAGUGUUAGAAGAAUAGUCCAAGAUGUCAAGGACGAAGGCACUUCCAGUGGGCAGACGAAGGAAGAGGUGAUAGAAACGAACGAGAGACUGCGAGCGGUGCGCGUGCGACUUGACGAGAACUACGACACGGCGAAGAAGGCGCUGGUGACGUUGAUGACGCGGUACAGCGACUCCAAGACGCAGAGGAACGUCUUCACUAGGUACCACAUGCUGAAAGCAAUGAUUAAGGAUGUGAUCCGUCUAGAAACCCAGUACUGGUCUUUGGUGGAGAUUCCUAAGCAAGAGAAGGCGGAGACGGUUCCAGCGUUCGUUCUCCGCGCAUGCGCGAUCAUGGAGAAGACGCAGAAGUCUGGGGAGGGGGUCAAGACUUCCACUAAGCUUGCUGAAGAAGCAGCCGACCGGAAAGACCGAAUAGAGAGGCUGAAUGAUAUGACGACAUCGCAAAUAGAGGCUGAGAACACGCAGAUGACGAACGACUUGUAUCGUCUCCUCAAGAAAUAUACUGGGCUCAGGAAUCUCAUCAGGGAACUUAAGUCGGAGUACGUCAGCUCAAAGAUAUAUCCGAUGUUCCCGAGGUAUACCAUGCUGAAAGACAUGAUCAAGGACAUCAUGCACGACCCUGAUUACAUGGAGGUGUGCCAUGAAGUGGAUCCAUAGCGAGGGGUUCGCAAAUAAAUGAGGUCCUCCUUCUCCGACCGUCGGUCGAGUCGUCGCUAGCUACAAGCGAAGAGAAGCAUCCAGAAUGUUCCAGAAUGUUCUAGAAAGUUCUAGAAGAAUCCAGCUUGAAGCGGGCGAGAACCGUCUAGAAUAUGCUUGAUGGAAAGCCGGAGUAAAAGCAACCUUGAUUACACCUUUUAAAGGUGUAACUUGGUUGAGGUUUUUGUAGGGUUUGCAGCUGUUAUUUUCGACGAUUUUGGCUGGCGACGUAGUGAGGCGAGUGCUCAUUUAUUUGCGUUUAAGAACAGUUUUGAGGAACACUUUGUGUUGUGUUAGUGUACUCGUCACAGUACUUGUGUUAUUUAAGUAAUAGGUAUGGAUACCCUUCAGUGAUCUCAGUUAUAACUGUUUAGAAUAUUAUGUUAAUUUUAUAUA